CUAUCACUCAUUUGUAUUCUUCAUCAUCAGCUUACCCUCUUCUUUGUGUACAGAGCCUGAUCUACAGACUAUAGAGAGCAAUGAGUUUGGAUCACAGUGCAGAUCAAAACCAACAGCAAUCCAGCAACCACCCUAAAUCAGAAAAUGCAACACAUGGACCAACCAUAUAUCACAGUGCAAUGGGGGAUUAUUUUCUUGGGUAUUCAGAGCGCAAGGAAGGAUCAAGAAGGUCAGUUGAGCACUUGAAUGAAAAAGGCCAAGGAGAACACUCAGACCACAAGACCAAAAAGACUUACAUUCCUGUAGGGAUUCCUGCAAAGCCCAAGGGGGAGACACGCCCUUAUGUUUUGGAGCCUACUCCUACAGAUCCAAAAACCAACUCUGCUCAUGGUGAUUCAGCAAUGAAGGGCAUGGUGGUCAAAUGCAGCAAAAGGGUUAAAGAUCUUGUUGAACAUUUGAAACUUGGACCCAGCAUGUUUGAUACAGUGAAGGGUAAGCUAACAUUAGGAGUAGACAUAGUUAAAAAGGGUGGCAAGGAAAAUCUAUUCAAAGAGAGGUUUGUUUGUGAUGGGCAAGAGAAGUUACUCAAGGCUUGUGCUUGUCAUUUGUCUACAUCCACUGGUCCAAUUGGAGGAUUACUAUUCAUAUCAAAUAAGCAAUUAGCUUUCUGCAGUGACCGCUCACUCACCUUCACUAAUCCAUCUGGAGGAAUAGCUCAAAGUUACUACAGAGUUUCAAUCUCAACAAAGAAAAUUGUUUUAGUGAGUUCAUGUGAGAAUCCAGACAAGCCUUCAGAGAAAUAUAUACAAAUACAAACAAUGGAUAAUUAUGAGUUUUGGUUUAUGGGAUUUGUGAACUUCCAUAAAGCCUAUAAAUAUAUUUAGCAAGCUCUAAAACAUCAUUAGUCAUCUUCUUUAUGUGUUUGAGGACUAGUAUCACUUGUUCUUUUUCCCUUCCCAUUGUUAUUUCCUAUUCAAAGAUUAUUCUUUGUUUCCACAGUAAGUCUUAAGUAUAUCCUUAUUGGAGAUUGUAGAUUGUGUUUCAGAGUCUUCCUUCUAGUGACUCUCUUUACUAAGAGUAAAGAACCAAAGCAACAAAAAGAAAGAAAAAAAAAAAAGAAAGAAAAAGAAAAAAAGGAGACAUGAAAAAUGAGGUAGUAUAUGCCAAAGUGUUGAUAUUAUGAUGUAAAUGUUAUUGUAUGACAUUCAAAGUGUGGGUUGGUUGUAACAUAACUUUUUUUUAUUUGUUCUUCUUACAAUAUUUCUAUUGAGUAAAUUCCUUGAAGUUUAUUCU